GAAUUAGAAUCAGGUUUAUUGGCCAAGUGUGUUGAUGACACACACGGAAUUUGAUUCCAGCUGUUUGUUACUCUCAAAAGUACAGACAUAAAUAACACUAUGCUAUACAUUUAGCUCGGACUAUACAAGACAAGACUAUACAGACGAUAUAUGACAGGACAUUGUGGCCGGUGCAGCUCAAUGGGAAAAGUGUAGCCAUGUACCGCAUCGAGGGUGAUUUGAAGCGGACGCACAAAGUGUCCCUUGGAGGGGCAAGUAAGAAGGAACAGAAAGCGUCACUUCUUCACCAGACGCAGGAGAAAAGAUGCAAGCGAGAGGAUGAAAGGACAAGACUGGAAAACGCAAUAAUCAUCCAGUCUUACAUUCGAGGCUUCCAAGAGAGAAAACGUCAAUAUAACAUUCAGAGGAGCCAUUUCGACCGCUGUGUGUGUGAGAGUUCUGGAUCCACACUCCCGGACUCUAGUCUGCUCACCCUGCUCAUCCACAGCUUGCUCUUCUUCUACGACAACAGCAAGGACACACCCCGGCUGAUCUGGCUGUGUCAGAAUGUAGUGAAGCAUCAUGCUCAAUUUGUGAAACUGCUGGCCGGACCUGAGAGAAACAUGUGCGUGUUCCAGAUCAAGAGGCUUCUUGGACACUGCUGCAGACUCCUGCAGCUGUGUGAGGAUGAAGGUGUGAAUGUGGCUGUCCCCAUGCGCAUGCUGGAGGUGUUUACCUCUGAGAGGACCUACCUGCCCCCUCUGCAGGACAACAGUGCAGCUGCUGCGCUCACAGAGCAGGUUUUGCACUAUAUGGUUCAGAAAGGAUACUACAGGAUGCUGUACAUGUUGGCCAAUCACAAGUUCCCGUCCAGUCUGGAUUACAGCGAUGCCCCCUCGCAUCCUCUGGCACACACACUACUGGAACAUACACUCAAACCACUGCACUUUAUGUACAGCUCCUGUCCCAAGGGUGCCAGGCAGUUAGUGUUCUCAGCCUUUAUAGAAGACUUCAUCUCUCCUCCAUUCACUGAGCAGAUGUUUCACUUCUUCGUGCCAGCGCUGGCAGACCGAAGACUCAGUUUCCCGUUUCAAGACUUCCUGUUCUCCCUGCAGGCCACCAUCUCCUUGUUAGACCAGGCCCAGUGUCAUGCCCCAUGGCUCUUCUACUUUGUUCUGUCACUCGGAGAAAUGGGCCUCGACUCUCUAUCAGAAGAAGGGCUGCUGUUGUAUCUGAGCUCUCUGCAGGCUCUGCUCUCUCUGCUUCCUGUGAGUGAGAGUGACACCAGAGAUGACAUUGCAAGAGACUCUGAGAAUGAAGAUAACUCUACAAAACCUGUAAAGGAUGACAACAGGAUGUCAGUGCAGUUGAUCACACAGCUGUGUUUGCAGAAGUUGGACUCACUGCUGCAGAUGAACUCUCUGCUGUCCCUGGUGUUAAGAGACUCAGCCAGCGAGGAUGUCUUCAUCAUGAUGGCAUCUAUCUGCCACACCCUCCUGGUGCAGCACUGCAUGAUGAUGCCCAGAGUCAGGCUACUGUCCAGUUUGGCCUUCAACACUCGCUUCCUCAGACACCUGUGGCAUUUGAUAACGUCCAUGAGAACCAAAAUGAGAACCAAAUCUUUGGUGCCAUUGCUGCAGCUGAUGUCUCAUGGCUCUCCCAUGUCUGCUGAGGACUCGAGCAGGAUCAUUCCUCUCCUCUACCUGUUCAGCUCCUUGUUCAGCCACUUGCUUAACUCAAUCCAAGACACAGAGUUCUUUGGGGAAGCCAUGGAUGGUCAGAGGCAGGCGUCCAUGAUGCCAUUCUCUCUCCCUGAGCUGGUGACUCUGUCCUGCUGUUUGCGUGACGUUUGUCUGGGGAUCAUCAAUCUGGCGCAUCCCGAGACUAGGUGCGGCCACAGCAAGGAAUAUGCAGCCGGGUUCCGCAGCAUCGGUGUCAAAACCAGAAGCCAAGUGAAAGAGGGCAUCGUACACCACUGGGUCCAGCUGUUCAAGGUGAGCGUAAACCUAGUGAAGAUGUUGAGGGCGAAGGACAUCAGCAGGCCGUACUGCCCCAAGGAUCACUGGCUGUCCGACAAGGUCUACAUCUGGCCUGAUAAGGUCUCUCUGCUGUACGUUGUAUGGUGUAUGCACCAGUCCACUCUAACUGCACGGCCUGUUUUAGGUGAGAGAUACCGGACCAUCCUCACUGAGCUGCCCUUUGUCAUACCCUUCGAGGAGAGAGUAACGAUCUUCCAGAGGCUGGUGUAUGCCGAAAAAUGUAAUUUACAGUGGUACAACCAUCCCUGUGACCUGAUCAGAGUCACCAUCCGGAGGAACUGCAUCUACAGGGACGCAUAUGACAAACUGUCUCCAGAGAAGGAGCCCAAUCUAAAUAUGACUGUCCAGGUGCACAUGCUGAACACUCAUGGCCUGGACGAAGCCGGCAUGGACAGACAGGGGAUCUUCCGUGAGUUUCUCAGCGAGCUGCUCAAGUUAGGGUUCAAUCCAAACCUGGGCCUUUUCAGGACUACAAGCGAGGGUCUGCUGUACCCAAACCCCACGGCCGAGAUGCUCUUCGGAGAGAGCUUCACACGCCACUACUACUUCCUGGGCCGGAUACUGGGCAAGGCUCUGUAUGAGAACAUUUUAUUGGAGAUGUCGUUUGCCAGUUUCUUCAUGUCCAAGCUGCUCGGGACCAGCACUGAUGUGGACAUUCAUCACUUGGCCUCGCUCGAUCCCGAGUUGCACCGGAACCUCCUGUUCCUCAAGAGCUACGAGGGAGACAUGGAGGAUCUGGGGCUCAACUUCACCGUCGUCAACAAUGACCUCGGAGAGGCUCAGGUGGUUGAGCUGAAGCCAGGCGGGAAGGACAUCCCGGUUACCAAAGCGAACUGCAUCGACUACAUCCAUUUAGUGGCCGAUUACCGGCUGAACGAACAGAUCCGACCUCACUGCCUGGCAUUCAGACAGGGCCUGGCCAACGUGCUCAACCUUGAGUGGCUGCGCAUGUUUGACCAACAGGAGAUCCAGGUUUUUAUCUCUGGUACUCACGUGCCUAUCUGCCUGGAUGAUUUGAAGAAAUUCACUAACUACACAGGAGGAUACUCGCCCACUCACCCAGUCAUCAAGAUCUUUUGGGACGUGGUGGAGAAUUUCAGCAAUGAGGAGAAACGCAAGCUGCUCAAGUUUGUCACCAGCUGCUCACGUCCUCCUCUGCUGGGAUUUAAAGAUCUCCAACCUGUCUUCACUAUCCAUAAUAAAGGGAAGCAUCUGGAGUACCUUCCCACCACCAGCACCUGUGUAAACCUUCUCGUACUGCCCGAGUACUGCGACCGGCAGCUGAUGGCAAGCAAGUUACUCUAUGCCAUCAAUUCGUCCUCGGGCUUCGAGCUCGUGUGAGAGCCGGUGGGAAGCGGUUGCUGCGAUGACCAAACAGGGGGUGGGAUUUUUAUUCGUAAAUGUGAAACGAAAGGAAACAGAAAGCUUGACAGCUUUGACGGGCUCAGACACUGAGGCAACCAGGGACACUGAGAUUUAAAUUUUAAUAGUGAACUCAAAUGAGGAAGUGACUGUACUGCUAAAAAAAAUAAUAAAAUAAAGUAGUUUAACCCUAA